CGAAAGAGCGAGGGAGGACGCUCGAAGGAGGACGAUGAUGGUAAAGAAGCGCCCGCGGCCCGCCAUGCGGCGUACAACCAGCAUGACGGAGUUCGCCGCCGAGGGGGAGACCCCGCGUCCGGCGGGCGGUGACAGCCAGAGCAGCAGCCGCCUCCUCCAGGAGCACCGCACCCAGCGCCAAGCCGCGGACGUGGAUCCUGCGGAGGGAGCUCCGCGGAAGGUCCUCGUCGGAGGAGAGCUCGUGAGUGUCAACUGGAUCGAGGCCGGAUACCACUCUGGCGGAGUGGCUCCACCGGGCAGUGGCGUCGGAGGACGAGGGCGGCGGAGGAUCUCCAGCGACUUCGCGGUGACGGAGACCGCGCCCUUUUUGAUGGCUUGCGGCCUCUGCAAGCGCCGCCUCGGCCCCGGACGCGACACCUUCAUGUAUAGGGGUGAUACUGCCUUCUGUAGCCUCGAGUGCAGGCAACAACACAUAAACCAAGUUGAGAUCAAGGAGAAAUGCUCUUUGACUUCCAUGAAGGAUGCUGUUCAAGCAUCCAACACGACCGAGAAAUCUGACAAUGGUGAAUCUGUCGCUGCUGCCUAGCUUCCAGCGGCAGCUAAUGUGUUGUAAAUCCUACAAUACAAGGUAAACGUAGACGUAGCUGGAUUAUUCUAUGGCCACUCCAGCAUUACUUUCAGUCAAUAGAACAUAUUAUGUGAACCUUAUGCUAAUUAUUGUGCUCUGAGAACCAUCUUUUCCUUUUGUUAUGGGAGAGUUAGAAAUAAAAAUAGAAAGGAAAAAAAAGUGACUCAUCUUUCCCGAAGAAUAUGUUCUGUGAUCAUAGAUGCAAAGUAAUGGCAAACUUUUCUAUGUUUUUGA